AUGGACCCCAGAGCCGUACAGACACCUCUUCCUCCGGCGGCGGACGCCGGCGACGAGCCACGGGAUACGCGCGUCGUGAAGGAGAUCCUGCACUCGCUGGGGCUCAAGGAAGGGGAUUACGAGCCGGCAGUGGUGCAGCAGUUCCUGAUACUCGCCUACCGCUACGCCGGCGGCGUGCUCGUCGACGCGCUGGCCUACGCAGAUCACGCCGGAAGGGGCGCGACGCUCGAUGCGGACGACGUCCGUUUGGCCAUUCUCUCCAACGCCACCUUCUUCCCCCAGCUGCCCAGUCGCGAGGCUAUCAUCGAAAUGGCACGUAGUCGGAACACAACCCCCCUGCCCAAGUAUAAUACUCCUCUAGGAUCAAUCUCUCUUCCACCUGAUCAGGACAUGUUGUUGAGACCAAAUGACCAAUGGCUUUAUCACUUGAAGCCAAGCGAUAAUGUUGAAGAAACUAAGAACAAGGAUGACGAUGAAAUCUGCAAUCCUGAAGCUACUCGCAACAAUGAAGAAAAAAAUGGUAGCGAUAAGCAACAAUUUUCUAAGAGGAUUUCUGCCAAACUCAAUGCUAUGGCUGCUAGGGCCUCAAGACGACGUAUACUGAACACUCGAAAAUCCAAGAAGGUUCAACCAUUAAUAUGA